AUGGAAUUAAAAAAAGUGGUGUCUGCUGCUACUUGAAAAAGAAUAAUAUAAACCAAAAAACACCAUCUUCUCUCUCUCUCUCCUCGCCAGCUUCUUCUGCAAAUUCGAAAGUUCGCAUCUUGCUGUCACUCUUCACGAAUCGAAUCACGCCCUCUUAUUCUUCUUCAUCUCUAUUUCGAUCUAUCUCGUUUCGUUGCUUGUUUUCUUCUCCACGAUCUCAAUCUCUCUCUACUUACAUCACCAAUCCUUAGGGAAGGGGGUUUAGGGUUUUGUAUCGAGCUCGCAUCUGUAGCUUCGUAGAAGCUUACUCCUCUUCUGGUUUUAGGCUAAAUUCGAGGUCACAAAAUUACUCGGCUGUAGAGUGAUGAUUCCGAUGGAUAACUAUUGCGUACCGAGUACUAGCACGACCGGUUUAGUGUUUUCAGCGAAUUCGAACAUGAAUGCUUCCUCUGGAUUCCACCUUACUGUAAAUUCUCCGGCUUCCGUUACUGGACUCAAGCAUGAAGCUUCUUUGGCUGUCGAUUGGUCUGUUGAGGAACAGUAUAUAUUGGAGAAAGGUCUUGCAAAAUUUAAAGAUGAACCACAGGUUACAAAGUAUGUAAAGAUCGCAUCAACUUUACCAGAUAAAAGUGUACGGGAUGUAGCAAUGAGAUGUAAAUGGAUGACGCAAAAACGGAGAAAAGGUGAAGAACAUUGUGCCGGCACUAAGGUCAACUAUAGAAAGGUGGUGGAUUUACCCCCAAAACUGAACAUGUUCUCCACCGUGCCGCAACAAAAUGCUACAUAUGCCAUGAGCAAUAUGUGCCAGAGUCCACGCAUGCAUUUUGAAGGUUUAAAUGAUGCGGUUAUGGAACGUCUACGACAGAAUACUCAAGCUUUCAGUCAAAUUUCUUCAAACCUUUCUGCAAGCAAGCCACAGGAUAACACCAGUCUGUUUUAUCUGGCAAAAAAUAACAUCAGUGCCAUCUUGAAUGACAUGAAGGAGAUGCCUGGUAUCAUAAGCCGGAUGCCACCUCUGCCGGUUUCAAUUAACAAUGAUCUUGCAAGCAGUUUAAUGAUGAGUACUACACAGCAGAGAUCUUAUAUCAUUCCUUCAAGCGUCUAUCUGAAGAAGGAGCCAAGAAACUGAUGGGGAAGGAAACUGGAUUUUGACCAAUGCUAAAGGAGAUAGCACAAGAAGCUGGUUAAUGGCAGUUGUUCGACGUUACCCAGACUGAAAGAUGAUGGUUGGUCAACUGCUGAACCCUCUUGCAAACACACAAGAUUGAACAAGAUGGGACCUCUUGUGGAAAUCCUUUGUGCUGUUGGCUAAUAUUAACACACUGAACUGAAUCGCAGGCUAGUCAAAAAUCCGUAUUGCAAAAUCCUUUUAUGUCUCCACAACUGAUUAUUUUUCCGGUGCCAAAAUGCUUUGGUGAUCAAUCCAAGAUAGGAAUUCGUUGCACAGAUCCGUGUUAGAGUUGGUUGUAUAGAAUAGCCGUUUCUGUAUGGUUUAGAUGAGAGUUAUUUGAAGUUUGUAUCAAGAACACAUAUUUGUAAGGUUUGGUCUUCAGAGGCACUUCCUAUUUACUGUACUUCUCAGUUUAGCUGCCAUAUGAUAUGACUCCUCUUUUUCCGUGGGCUGUGAUCAUAUUUGUCUCAGUUCAGACAAAUUUGUCUUAAUGAUUUAAGAGGUGAUGUAAUGUUUUUUUAUUUA